AUUCUCUCGUUUGUUCUUCUGCUUCACAAGUUGGUCUGAAAAUGCAUAGUAUCAGUUCGAUGAAUUAGUGGUUACAAUGGCCGAUUUAGAGAAAUUGACGGCUUUGAAGAAGGCUUAUGCCGAGAUAAUUUUGAACACGGCUAAAGAAGCGGCGGCGAGGAUAAUGGUGUCGGAAAGGAAGGCUCAACGGUACCAGCAGGAGCUGUUCGCGGCCAAAGACGAGGCAUUGCGUAUGUUGGUUAGGUUGAAACAUAUGUUGGAUGCUAAGGUUAAUGAAGGGGAGACGAUGUCCUUGAAUCAGCAGAAAAGGAUUGAAGAGCUGGAAGCACAACUUGGGGAAGCAGAGGAUAUAGUUAGAGAUCUUAGAGCAGAGUUGAGAGAAGCUCAAGAUGAGUUGGAGAAGCUGACCAAAAAUCCGGUCCGGUGUUCAGGCGAACAAAAAUCGGAACAUGAUGUUGCUGCUUGUGAGAAACUGCCAAAUGGAAAUGCAAUCAGCAAUUUCGGGUCUGUCGCAUCUUCUCAACUCGAUACACAAACUGACCUUGUGACAGUUUCUGACAUCAAGAGUUCAACAAAUGUGGGUAUUAAGUGUUCUUGUUAAGAUAAUUGCUACUUUUGUAACCCCAAUUUU